CGCAAAACGUCCCGAGGACUCUCGAGCCUAGAGCCCAGAGAACAACAGUGCACGAGGGAGUACUACAUGCAGUAUAUUUUCUAGACAGUCCCAGGAAGCUGUAAUUCAGUUCCAAAAGGUGAAGUCUGACAUCACCUACCAGGGAAUCUGCCUGACUUCAAGGAAGCAAACAGCACAGACGGUUCAAAAGCAAUCCAAAUUCAAGCAAUGAACUGUCGGAAAGAAGAGAAGGAGUCUUUGGGUUACAAUUCUAAUGUCUCUGCCCAUAAAGAAAACAAGAGAAAGCAUGUUAGACAUGGCAGGAACAGCAAGAAAUGCUCAUCUAGCCUCUGCCUUCAAAGCAAAGCUAGUGCCACUGGACGACUUGCUACUGGGGCCAGCAAUUGCCACAGUCCAAGGCGAGCUAUCACAGCAGGUAGUGUGGCAGAAGAGUGCAGCUACCAGCCACAGCCUGAAAGGGCAUUUUCAGCCAGAGCAGCAAACACUAUGCUGAAGGAAUUACUAGAGAGUCAACUAGCAAAUCAGCAGUAUGACCCCAAACUGGCACCAGGCCUGACAGUGCAGUUGGCAGACACAGUGAGACAAGAGAUACGAGAACUUCAUUUUUCAAGAUAUAAACUGGUAUGUUUUGUUGUGCUGGGGAUGGUACAGCAAGGUGAUUUAAUGUGCUGUAGUCGCAGCAUAUGGAGCAGUGCGUGUGACACUUUUGCAGAAUAUUGCUUUAGGAACAGUUCACUUUUUGCACUAUGUAUUGUCUAUGCAGUAUACUGUGAGUGAUAAAAAAAAAACGUAUCUCAUGUG